CAGUAACUAUGAGGAGGAUGAGUAAAUUAUUUCCAGGAUUUUCUCUGGGUUUUCUAAUUAUAAUCCUAAUGAAUUUCAUCCUCCCAUCAUCAUCCAUUGCAUUAAUCUCAUCAGCAACUGGAAACGACAGCCGGUCUAGUACAACCCAUAAUGUAACAUCCUCAAAGAAUAAGAAGUCAGAUGAUUUCAUCCGUUCUAGCUGCGGGGAGACCUUAUAUCCAGACCUAUGCUACACUUCAUUCGCUGGCUACGCCUACACUGUCCAAAAAGACCCCGCUCUACUCGCCCGCAUUGCCAUCGGUCUCAGCCUCUUCAAGGCCCGCCACUUGGCUUCCAAUUUCUCCCACGCCGCCAAUGAUUACGCGUCCUAUUCGUUUUCUUACGAUAACAACGAUCACAAUAAACACAAUGCAUUAAUUAUAUCGGCUCUCCACGACUGUGUCUCGGUUUUAGGUGAUGCGAUGGAUCAGAUUCGUGGGUCGUUGAAGCAGAUGAGGAGCUUGAACAUGGGAGGAAUGUCAGGCGAGUCACUAAGGUUCGGGCUGAGCGAUGUUCAGACGUGGAUGAGCGCCGCGCUGACCAAUGAGGAUACGUGUGCGGAAGGAUUGGAGGAGGUGGAGAUUAGUAUUAGGAAUGGUGGUGGUAUAAUUAAUAAUAAUUUAGAAGCCUUAUGCUAUGCUGCCACUAAGGUGAAACAUGUUACUAGUAACGCACUUGCUCUGGUUAAUGUCUACGUGAACAAGAUAUCAUCACCUUCUUCGUCUCAUGCUGCUGCUCCCUGAUUGUAUAAUAUAUAUAAUAGAGUUAAUUAGUUAAUGUUAUAGGUUUAUAGUGAGCCAGCUAUCGAUGGAGAUGGACAGAGGCAUGAUAUAAACUGGGAUAUGAAUGAAUGAAUGA